AGUGGAAUAUUCUUCAGUAAGCGCAACAUCCAUAAAAUGGGCAAUCAAGUAUCGUACUAGAAUGUAAUGUAAACAAACUUUGUAAUGGACGAAUCUGAACCAGCUCCGAAUGACGACUAUGAGCACCCAGAUGGACUCGAAUACAUAUUGGAAUCUGUUUUGAUGCCUAGCGAUGGAAGCAAAGAAUUCAAAUGUUUGGCGGACGAGUACAAUUCUGUUCUUUUGAAUCCCUGUCACUGCAAAGGAGCCUGCGAAAACAGCGAAGUCUGUCCACACGGAGGCCAAUAUGAGUUCACAGGAGAUGGCAGGGAAUUAAUUCUUCGGAAUUCCGCAAAUCCUGUCAUUGAGUGCAAUGACAUGUGCAAAUGCUGUAGAAACACCUGCUCCAAUCGGCUAGUGUACUCAGGCCCGAGGAAACAUUUGGAAAUAUUCGAUUCGCCUGAGUGCGGAUCCAAAGGACUACGGACUACAGUGAAAAUUCCAAAAGGAGGAUACAUUUGCGAGUAUGCUGGAGAACUUUUAACGGUUCCAGAGGCAAAACGACGCUUGUAUGUUAAUGAAAAACUUGGCCUGAUGAACUAUGUCCUGGUUCUUAAUGAAUACACCAGCGACAGGAAGCAACAGGUGACCAUCGUUGAUCCAUCAAGACGUGGAAACAUCGGACGCUACCUGAACCACAGCUGCGAACCGAAUUGUCAUAUAGCAGCUGUACGAAUAGACUGUCCCAUACCAAAAAUAGGUAUUUUCGCAGCAAGGGAUAUUGCGGCCAAGGAGGAGUUAUGCUUUCAUUAUGGCGGAGAAGGGCAGUAUAAAAAGGUGACAGAUGGAAAGACUUGCCUCUGUGGUGCUUCAAAAUGCACGGGUUUCAUGCCAAAUACUGAAAUAGAAGAAUAAAUAAUUUAUUAUUAAAGUUUA